GAAAAACAAACCAGAAAUAGCAAACAGAAGAUAUGUGGCUGUCGCUUAUCUUUAUUGCCUGUCUAGCCGGCACAAGUGGCUCAGUAGGUGGCGAGGGAAAGAUCCCAGGGGAGCAGGCUUUUGUACCUCGCUAUACUCCGGUAGUAGAAAGUAAACGACAGGACUUGGAUUUACCCGCAGAAGAAAGUCUCGACCAGCCGAAAAGAACUUCCCAAGCAGGCGAUAAGAAACCCUGGCGACGAGUGGAGUACGGUUACGAUGGUAUUCCGACGGCUGCCUGGACUCCUCCUUCAGCCCCGGCUGCCAUCCUAUCCAUCCUAAAUCCUUUACUGGCACCGGGAUUGCUUCUUCUGGGCGUCAACCUGGGAGCUCUGCUUUAUAUGCUGCUGGGACUCCUCGGUCUAGCUCCCCAUCGAAGUGGCAGCAACAGCCGGGUGGCCUCGCACCCAAAUGCCAAUCUCCAAUCCUGGCCUGACGAGGAAAUGUUCUACCGCCGAGACAGACACAAUCUGGGUGAGGGCAAGGAAACGGCUGUAUAUUUUUAGAUAAAGCGCGUA